AAAAAAAAAAAUGUUUCGUGAAAGUGGUUUAAAUCUUUCAAGCCACCUCUCUUUUCAGCUUAGAGAGAGCAAUGUAAUUACAGCUUAAUAUAACGUGGACUUUCACAUACCAACAUAUUAAUGUACAAACAUUUUUUCUUUGCUUUUCUUUUAACCCUUUGUGGUAACUACUGAAAUACCCAAAUUUUUGGUCGUUGUAUUCUGGACUGUUGAGAAGAUGAUGAAAAAAAAUUAAAUUUGAUGGAACUUUUUUUCGAUAUUUAUCUUUAAGAAAUAACCUGUCGGUCCGUUGAUCUAAAAAAUUAAAAAAAAAUUAACAGCUGUCGGACAUGUGGCUUAAAAAUGACAGCAGUCUGAAGUUGGUUGCAGUUUUUUCAUUUUACCCUGUAAAUAAUCCACCUUCAUCCUUAAGGAAAACCUAAUGAAAAUCCAUUGAAAAUAAAUUCACUCUGGUUCUUUAAGAAAAUAUUUUUUAUAAAAUUCAUGAGGGUCCUUCUUGAAAUUGCAAUUCAAAAAAUCCUUGGACCUUGGAGAACAUUUGUAUACUAAAAUUUAUGUUGGUGGAAGGGACUAUCCUUUAAGAACAUUUCGUUCGAAAAAUUCAUCCUUGUCCUUUGAGAUCCAGUAUCAACAUAUUGAUAUAUUGCAAAACUGAUUAUUAAGAAAACCCCACCUGGUCCUUAAUGGGUUAAGCAGAAAAUUGUAAAACGAGUUUUAUUUAAUGCCAAUAACUACCUGCAUUCCAGCUACAGAGAGUUAACAUUACACCACCAACUAAGACGGCACAAGCGAGACAUGAUAAUCGCUGAAAUUAUUCUAUUAGCCAUUAUCGUUUUUUAUUUAAUUUACAUCCUGCUAUGGCUUCUCCUCGACUGUAAUGUACGACUCUGGUGGAACACCUACUUCGGUUCAUCUAUAGCCAAACUUAAGGGCCAAGUGGUGUGGAUAACAGGAGCAUCAAGUGGCAUUGGUCGUUCCCUAGCCGUUCAGUUGGCAAAACAUGGUGUAAAAUUGGUUUUAUCUGCUCGACGUGAAGAGUUGUUGGAAGCUGUUAAAGAAGAAUGUCUACAGGUGUCAAAAGAUGAGAUAAAAGAAAACGACAUACUCGUCUUACCAAUGGAUAUACUUAAGGUGGAAAAACAGAAAGAACAUUUUGACAAAGUUUUACAACAUUUUGGAAAACUGGAUGUCCUCGUGAACAAUGCUGGACGUUCACAACGUGCCCAUUGGGAAGAUAUUGCAAUUGAAGUGGAUCGUGAUCUCUUCGAAUUGGAUGUCUUUGCAACAAUACAUUUGUCACGUUUGGUGGUGCGUUAUUUUUUGGACAAAACAAAUGGCCAGGGACACAUAGCCUGUACAUCCAGUGUGGCCGGUAUUGCUAUUGUACCAUUCUCUGCAAGUUAUUGUGCUGCCAAACAUGCGCUGAAUGCCUUUUUUCGCUCCUUGGCUCUUGAACAUCAAUCACUCGGAGUGACAAUUUUCAAUCCAGGUCCAGUUAGCACGGAUUUUUUAAAAGAAGCCUUUACUGCAUUACCGGAGGAGAAAUUUGGUCGUGAAAUUAACGAAAGAUAUCGUAUGACUGCCGAACGUUGUGGAUAUCUUUAUGCCACGGCAUUGGCCAAUAAACUACAGAUGUCCUGGUGUGGUCGCUUUCCUGUCAAUCUAAUGUGCUACGUUACAAGAUAUGCUAUGUUGACGAAGUUAAUGAAUUGCUUUAUAACACCACAACGAAUGCAAAAGGUAAGAGAUGGCGAAGCAUAGUUGAAGUAUUAAAAUAAGGAAAAUAUAGAAUAAAGAGAUUUACGUUUG